UAUCAAUUUGCUUUUGUAUCGUUCUGUUAUAAAUAAUCGUGCUUUUCAUCAAAGAUAAGUAGACAAGUGUUGUCAACGCACAGUAAAGAACGACGGUACAAGUCGAUUAUCUCAAAUCAUAUAGAUUCAAGGUAAGCGUUCUUGUUAAUAAUGAUGAUUUUUCAUUUGUAAAGAUUCAUUCUCUUUUCUGUCCCUCCAUAUGUGACUGUUGCUCAGAAGUGAAUUUCAAAUAAAAUUGUAGGAAAACAAAUUCUGCAACAAUGACGGAACACAUAAUGCCGAUUCGAUAUGUCAGUAUAGAAGAAGAACGUGAACGAAAUCCGGAGCUGAAGAUGUCGGAUCUGCAAAUGUUGCAGGACUGGAUGGACAAACAGCCGCAUCUGCCGAAUGUACCUUUAUUCUAUCUCGUUAUGUUUCUGCACAGCAACUACUAUCGUAUAGAACCAACCAAGACUACAAUAGAGAAUUUUUUCACUAUAAGAACGCGCAUGCCGGAAAUUUUCUUCAAUAGAGAUCCAGUCGCAUGGAAGGAACUACGUAAAGCCUUUACCAUCCUAGCAGUCCUACCGUUACAGCAGAGAACCAAGGAGGGUUAUUUAGUGACAAUCCACAAAUUUCUGGAUACGAAUCCGAGUCGGUAUAACAACGUUGAAGCUCUUAAGUACAUAUUCAUGACAUGUGAAGUACAAAAUAUAACGGAGGGCACCAGCAGCGGACAGAUCAUUGUCUUUGACGGGACGGGUUUCAGCUUGGGCCAUGUUGGCCGCAUGAAUUUGAUGUUACUAAAGAAGAUUUUGUACUUCAUACAAGAAGCUGCACCGGUUCGAUUGAAGGCUAUCCACGUGUUAAAUGCCGUACCUGCUGCGGAAACAUUACUGAAUAUGGUUAAACCUCUCGUGAAGACGGACUUGUUAAACAUUAUACAUUUCCACACGGAUAUAAAGAGCGCCGAGGAAUUUUUCCCCAUCGAGGCUUUGCCGAAUGAAAUGGGCGGAAAAGCAGGACCUAUAAAGGAUCUGGUUGACGAUCAUAUUAAGUUACUGGAGGAAUUCCGACCAUGGUUUCAACAGGAUGAAAGGAUCUCACAGGUGAAUGAAUCUCUGCGAGUCGGCAAAUUCAAAGCGGCGGACGAUUUGUUCGGCGUGGACGGUAGCUUUAAGAAGCUCGAGCUAGACUAAUCGACAUGAAGCGACACAGAGUGGAUCGUACUUGUUAUUUAACAAUAUUUUGAACAGAUUAUUUCUAUGACAAAUUAUUUGUAAGUAAUGCGAUAGUCCGCAGUUACGCAAAGACCAAGGAGAAAAGCUGUGUAAUUGGAUUUAACCUCGCUCUCUCUUUCAUUUUUUCGUUAUAUAAAUAUUAAUUUUACCGUGUAUGAUAAAAUGUGUGCGUGCAUGUA